AUGCGCAGUCUUGUUAGAUUCCUCGGAAAGGACGCAAGUUACGGCAAACAGGCUUCGGGCCGAAGAGUUGCUAAAAUUAUCGGGAAUGACGUCGUUGUCUCAAGGGUUGAUUCAGGACUUGAGCGGAAUAGCGAGUUCCAAUCAACUGACGAUGAAGGGGUGCUUUAUUCCGGCGGAUUUAGCCGAGGCGGUUACUUGUCCGCCUCCACCAUCAGGCACAACUAG